GCUACGAAGCGGAGGAACGCGAUGUGUCUGUAACCGUUGACAAGACAGUUGAAGCCAGCUGUUGUUUUGUGGAGGAAUAUCAGACAGAAAUGUUUGCUUUGAGUAGCUGAACGGAGUGUGUGGUAGUCUUGAAAAAAGGUGAAAGACUUUAUUCCCGUCUACAGCUUAUAUUUCGUUUUGUCUUAAACUUCUUACCUUCUUCCCUUACAUUUGUCGUGUGCUUUAAAUGUUUCUUCUGCCGCGUGUCUGAGCUUAUCUUGGAAAACGUGUAAAACGGUUUAUUUUGCCGUCAGUAAACUCGGUGUUUAGUUUGUAGUCUAUGUAAACAAGAAACCAACCGUUGGAAGAAUUGUUGCUUGUUCUCUUUUGAAGACGAUUCGCCUCACGUGGUGUUGGAUGUCAUUAGUUACAAAUACGAGUAAUUGUUCCGUUCUGCCAGUCGUCGCAUGAUUUUGGACAGACCAAGCCAACUGAGUGCACCAUAUGCACUUCGCUGAACAUAUGGAACUGUAACACAUGAAGACUCAUACGAGCUGAGUUCAUGUCCCUGGCCACAACUACUUAAUCACGGCGACACCUGACUAAGACAGUUGAGAAGCACAUGUCGGAAUAUAUAUCUAAGUGUCGCGAAGUGACUUAAGUUAGAUUAGUUCUGUGAAUGUGCGCGUGGAGGCGUUCAAGCGUGGACAUGCUGCAGUUCACCGGGUGGGACAAGGCCAGAUCAGCGGGGUGCCGACACGUCGCACGUCUGUAAGGUGGUGCACCGGUGGAGGCAACUCAUGUCGUUCAAUGACGCGCCCGAAACUCCAGGCAGGAAGCGCCGCUUGCUGAUGCUCCGCGUUCUCGGAAUGCGCCUCCUCACGCGGCUGUUGUUGCUGGUCUGUUCCCUCAGCCUGGUAUCCCUGCUUUUCCUCAGCCGCUGUGGUCUCAACGUCGAAACGGAGGUGCAGCUGGACCCCGGCACCGGUUCUUCUGUGGGGCAGUCCAAGCCACAGCUGCAACAGUUAUCUCAACAACAGGAUCCCCAGUUAUCUCAACAGCAGCAGCCACAGUCUGUCAACUCGUACAUUCAGCUGUUGCAACAGAGGGAGGAGGAGAACAGGGCUGAAGUAGAGAGACUAACAGCUGAGAUACGGUCUCUCAAGCUGCAGCUGCUGCAAGUAGCAGGAAACGGUCUCGGUUCUUCCGCUUUAGGCUCCCAGCAGCUCCAGGAUCCUCCUGGGCUCAACUUCAACCUGACUUCGUCAUCAUCGUCGUCCUCUUCAGCGCAAGGCAUUUCCGGCGACUGCAUCUCGUACAUUCGACGGCAGCUGAGUCUGGCCGAGAUCUCCAGAGGCGUGCCUUUGAACAACGAAUAUGAACUAAUUGCCUUCAGCCACUUCACCUUCAGUCGCGUGUAUCCUGUUGACCUCGGACUUGGUAAGCGCGUCGUCGAGAAACCAAUUGGAUUCAAACGCAAGGACAUCGUAGAAGCCUUAGUGAAAGCACUCGAGUCCUUAAACAAAAACGUAACGACUCCUUCAGCAGUUAAUAAUAAUAGUAAUAAUAACAACGUUAAUCUAAACUCAAAAACUUAUCCGAAUCGUUAUACGUUAGACGAUUUUUUGGAAGGACUUUACAGAAACGAACCUACGACAGGUACUCAAUAUGAAAUGUAUUUUAGGACUAAAAAUAUAAAUACAAGUAAUAAAAGCCAUAUGGACCAAGUGACGUCUGGUGUUACCAAAGUUAUCCUGAUGAGGCCGUUUGCGCCUUUGCAGACAGUUUCUGCAGAGACACUGCCAGUCGCGAAAGACAAAGAGUUCAUUCAUAUUAUUCUGCCGUUGUCAGGACGGACUGUAACAUUUCAGAGCUUCAUGGACAAGUUCGUGAAGAUUGCUCUGAAGAACGACAGAAGAGUGCUUCUGACAGUUGUGUACUUCGGCGAGGAAGGCUUGGCCGAAGCGCGGAAAAUCAUGUCAAGAGUGUUGGUGACGAAAAACAGUGGUGGUAACAGUAACAAUUUAAGGUUGUUGGCUUUGAAUGAGACUUUCUCGCGGGGUAAGGGGUUGAGGGUUGGUGCUGAACGUGUUUGGGACCAUCAGGGUUCGUCAAACGGCCCCAUGAGCAGCCAUCAUAAGGGAGAUGUCCUCCUGUUCAUGUGUGAUGUCGACAUUGUCUUCAGCGCACGAUUUCUGGACAGAUGCCGAUGGAACACUGAACCUGGCCGCAAAGUGUAUUAUCCAGUGGUGUUCAGCCUGUACAACCCCCACGUCGUGUACACCCUCCAGGGAAAGGAGGUACCGGUGGAGACGGAUCAACUCGUCAUAUCACGUGACACCGGAUUCUGGAGGGACUUCGGCUAUGGCAUGACGUGCCAGUAUAGGUCCGACUUCUUGAGGGUGCGCGGAUUUGACGAGGAAAUCGUUGGUUGGGGUGGAGAAGACGUCAUGCUGUACCGGAAAUACGUCAAAAGUCAUGUGAAAGUGGUGAGGGCCACCGACCCCGGGAUCUUCCACAUCUGGCAUCCCAAGCGGCCAUCUUCCUGGAACUGGUUCGUCACGUUAGGCACAGUGCUGCUCCUGGCGGCAGUCGCAGGAGGUUCGCUGUACAGACCGACACGAGAUGACAGCUACUAUUACAGCCGCUACGGGUCGGGCUACUCUGACCAGAGGGGCACAGGCUCAUCCAGUUGGGACCAGAGCCAGCCCGGGGAGCCAGUGGGCUCCUCCAGCAGCUGGGAUAGGUGCAUCCGGUGUCCCAGUUCUGGGAGUGGCAGCGGCACUUUGGACAGGGGCAAUGGGUAUGACAACCUGGGGUACGGGAUGCCACCGGGGUCCAGGUGGGACAAAGGUAGUGGAGGUAGGUGGAGUAGCGGUAGCUAUGGUGAUGGAUGGGGUAGUAGGGAUAAGGGAGGAUCUUCAGGAUGGGAUAACAGAGGUUCUUCUGGCAGUUCUGUAGACAAAUGGGACAGUCGCGGAGGUUCUUCUGGAAGUUGGGAUAAUCGUGGAAGCUACCCAGGAAGAUGGGAUAAUCGUAGAGGUUCUUCUGGAAGUUGGGAUAACCGAGGAAGUCUUUCUGGAGGUUGGGAUAGUCGUGGGGGUUAUUCUGGUAGUUCGGAUAGCCGUGAUGGUUAUUAUGGUAGUUGGGAUAACCGAGGAGGUCCUGGAAGUUGGGACAGCCGUAGGGGAUCUUCUGGAAGUUGGGACAGCCGUAGGGGAUCUUCUGGAAGUUGGGAUAACAGAGGAGGUCCUUCUGGAAGUUGGGACAGCCGUAGGGGAUCUUCUGGAAGUUGGGACGACAGAGGAAGAGGGGAUAAUCGAGGGGGCUGGGACAGUAGGGGGAGCUCGGGCAGUUGGGAUAACCGUGGUGGUUCUGGCUGGGGAAGUGCUGGAACUGGCAGGUGGGACGAAAGGGGUUCCUCUACAGGAGGGAGUUGGGACGACAGAAGUGGAGGAAGAUGGUCUUCAGGUGGGGGUGGUUCUAGGUGGGAUGAUAGAGGAUUCGGAGGUGGCGGAGGUGGUUCGAGAUGGGAUACUGGUAGUGGUGGAAGGGGGUGGGAAGGUAGUGGCCGAGGAAGCUGGGGUUAUGACAGAGGGUAUGCGUCAGGGUGGGACUACGGCGGGCGAGGUGACGGAGGCUAUAGGGGCGGCGGGGGUGGCGGAGAUUGGGGAAGAGAUCCACCUUCAGGAGGAGGAAGCUGGAGUGAUCGAGGCGGACCAGGAAAUGUCGAUUACAGAGAAUACUACUACGACGGCGCUUCUGGACGGGAUUAUGGGGACAGGUUCUCUCCGUCGUGGGGCGGUGGUGUUGGAGGCGGCCCGCCGGGGUACAGAGGCCCCACAUCAUACAUCUCAUAUCUGUAUGACCGAAAUGGUUCCAGUGGCAGCAACAGCGGAGAUCUGGGUGCGGGAAGCAGUUCGGCCGGCGGCAGGAUAUCAACAGUGGGGACAGAUCCCGGUUCUACCAAGACAACACCGCCAACGACCUCCAAGUGACCUUCAAACACAUUCUCACUUACUCUGAUAAAAAGCUGAGUUCUUCGAAGAAAGUAUUUCUUAAACGGCCAGUUGAUAAAUUUGUCGUUGUAUAAUAUUUGAAACUGCGCAGUGUUUCGUAACUGGGUUUAGUUUUUUAAUUUUAAAAUUUAGCAAAAUAUCAACACGUUGCAGCGCACAGAAAAUUAUUUUUAUACAGAUGUUACUGUCUGGAAUGUGAUUUCCAAAUAAAGAAUAUAUAACAACAAAUUUUUGAAAAAAUAUACACACGUAACAGAUGCAGAAAAAAAAAUAUAUAUAUAAGACUCAGUUUAGCAGUAGGCUCAUUCAGGCUUUAACAAAGCGUACUCUCAUACCCUCACAGAAAUGCGAGCCAUGAUCUCACGAAUUGUGAUAAUACUUUUUGUUUCAGGAAAAUAUUGAAAACUUUAUUUGUUACAAAACAUUUAUUUAUAACACUUUCUCACUUCUAAGUGUUUACAAUGCUAUAGGCCUAUUCCGCUAACGGUUACUGGGUUUCUGGACUUCGUCCACUGUCCCAAUGUUCCGAACAGAACGCAGCAUUUGAAACUCAAUCUUCGAGCAUCUACUUAGUUCGAUCAGUUAUCACUGUAAUCACUGGUACAUUUAUUGAGAGCUUCUCUUUUGGACUGGCCCCGUGACUGAGAUUUUUUCUGCUUCAAACUGGGUGAGUGAUUCAGAUUAUCUCUUUCUGACUGGUCCAGUGACAGUGUAGCUGCUUCCAACUGGGCCAGUGAUUGAGAUUUGCUCUUUCUGACUGGUCCAGUGACAGAGUAGCUGCUUCCAACUGGGCCAGUGAUUGAGAUUAGCUUUCUCUGACUGGUCCGGUGACAGAGUAGCUGCUACGAACUUGUCCAGUGAUUGAGAUUAGCUCUUUCUGAGUCGUCCAGUGACAGUGUAGCUGCUUCCAACUGGGCCAGUGAUUGAGAUUUGCUCUUUCUUACUAGUCCAGUGACAGUGUAGCUGCUUCCAACUGGGCCAGUGAUUGAGAUUUGCUCUUUCUUACUAGUCCAGUGACAGUGUAGCUGCUUCCAACUGGGCCAGUGAUUGAGAUUUGCUCUUUCUGAUUUGUCCAAUGACUGAGAACACCCCUUUAUGACUGGUCUAUUGACUGAGCUUAGCUCCAUGUAAUUGAGAUCAGCUCUUUGUGUCUGGCCCAGUGACUGGGAGUAGCUCUUUGUGACUAGACCAGUGUUCAUCCCAGGACAGAAAUAGAUACAGUCCCCAAAACACUGUCUCGUUCGGAGUGCUACAUGAUGGGCAGCGUUCAGAAACCCAGUCAUGCUAGCACUCUCUUAAUACUGUCACGAGUUUGCUCCGAUGCACACAGCGCCAAACGAUUUAUUGUACCCCGCACAUUUCUCAAAAAUCGCUAUUUUCCUGGGAGUUAUGCUUUUCGAGCUUUGAACUAGGACUGCGUGUGAGGGUACUGGAGAACUUGACUUUAGGAGAGAAGAGAAAAUGCUGGUCCUGAAAUAUAUUACGGAGUUGCCAGUAUUGCACAUAAUUUUUGUGUAAUCUCAAAGAAUGAUACGUGACAUGUGUUUUUUAAAACCGGAGCGAUGUGAGAAAACAAACGUCACUUAGUGUCAGAUGCUUGUGGAGUUCAUCAGUAAGUAAUGAACGCCACGAGCUUAAUUUUAGGUGACGUAUAUCUGUCUUGUGUAAAAUUAUUUUUGUAAUUAUUCAUUAAACCCCUAAUGCAGUAUUUUCUUCUCUGUCAUUCAUUAAAGGUCGCGUUUCCUUGACAUAGUCUGGCGGCAGUUGCAAUGUGUCAAAAUGUUAAGCUUAUUGUAUUAUGCUUGAAUUAACAAUUUUGUUUACAAAAAAAGGAUAUAUUUAUCUUGAGAAAUGUUUCUUUUUGUCUCGUAGUUGAAGCUUCCUGAGAAAAAUUAUAUUUUUUUUGUGACAACUGGCUGCUGUAGCUGAUAUGAUGUUAUGUAAUUAUUGUAAUGUUUUUGAUAAACGCUAAACUAUAAUUUAUAUUUUAAUUGUAGUGAAUAAAAAUUGGUAAUGAUUUCGUAUA